GUGUUGGAGCAACCUGGUCAGGUUGGAAAACUAAAGCAGACACUGCUUACAGAGCAAGAGCAAAAUUUUAAGAAUGAGGCUAAUUAAUCAUUGGAAUAACUUUUCUAAGGAUGUGAUGGGCUCUCAAUCAUACUCUGCUGCACAGUCAAUACGAGUUAGUUGUAUAAAAUAUGUGCUGGUAGGAGUGCUGUGUGUCACUAGAAAUGAUUAUCUAAAGUUCUUUGGGUUCUGUUACAUCUGAGAGGAGACUAUGUUGUUGCAAUGGUUCUUCCUGCUGAUGAAAAACCCUAUGAGCCUGUGGUAGUCAUUGAGUCUGUGUGUUUGUGAUUCUGAGUAGUAACAGACUGAGAUCUCGUCAGUGGUAGAUUUAAAAGUAGCAACAAUUUUCAUAGAGAGGACUACCAAAUUACAAAGGCUCAUUCUGCAGAAGUGGACGCCCUGCCAAACUAGCGGCUGAUAUAACUUACUGUGAUGAUUUAGCGAGCUCAGAAAGAAUUAAACCAUCAGUAAAGUGACAGACUUGGUACAUUUCAAAGCAUCCGGUCAGAUCUCAUGGAAUUUCUUGGCUACUACGUGUUCAGUCAGACAGAAAGACAUGGGGGCAAAUCCAUGAUCACCUUGUAGUAUUUCACUGGACACCUCAGAAAAGCAGAUGGGAGUAGUGAGCAGUGGAUGAGGAGACAUCCUGCUUUCUGCGUGGCAGUAAGGGAGGGGACUGCGGCUCGGAAUGGUGUUCCUGUAAAAACAGCAAAAACAGGAGCGGUGGGAAGUGUCAUGUGCAAGGAAUGUGUGGAAUGAGGGUGAUUUCAAGAGUUCCCAGGCUCAGAUAACUCCAAGAGACAGACCCAAACCCCACUUCAGAGUCAAGUACAGAUAUUCAGCAUACUUUGAAAUGGUUGAAGCUGACCUAUUGGUCCACUGCCCUGGCUUUCAAGAAAUGGUUCUUCCAUGCUGGAUGGAGCUGCUGAAGGGACUGCCGUUGCGCCGUACUUUCCUGGCUGUCAUCCUGAACCUGCUGGCCCUCACCCUCUCCACCACUGCCUUGCUGGGCAGCUACUGGUGCACUGGGACCCAGAAAGUACCCAAGCCUUUGUGUGGGAAGAACAAAGCCUCCCAGUGCGUGGGUGUCCCCAUGCCAUCUGAUGAAGAUACGAGCAAUGUUUCGUCUGAGGACACAGUGCACUACAGCUGGGAGACUGGAGAUGACCGCUUUGCCUUCAGAUACUUCCACACAGGGAUGUGGCUUUCCUGUGAAGAGAGCAUGGAAGGGCCAGAAGAGAAAUGCCGCAGCUUUAUUGAGCUUUCACCACCAGCAGAGAGAGGAAUCCUGUGGCUGUCACUGGGAUCAGAGAUGCUGUACAUCAGCUUGCUGCUCAUCAGCUUCAUCCUCCUGAUGGUAGAAAUUCUGCAUACUGGCAAUCCUGUCUGUGGGAUGAAGCUCAAUGCUUUUGCUGCUGUCUCCUCAGUGCUGUCAGGUCUCCUUGGGAUGGUGGCACACAUGAUGUACACUCAAGUCUUCCAGGCAACAGUUAAUCUGGGACCGGAGGACUGGAGACCGCACACGUGGGACUAUGGCUGGGCAUUCUACAUGGCCUGGGCCUCCUUCACCUGCUGCAUGGCCUCUGCUGUCACCACUCUCAACACCUACACCAAGACGAUACUGGAGUUCAAAAGGAACCACAUCAAGGGAUAUGAUGGGACCCUCAAGGAUCACCCUCAGCACCACCAAUGCUUCAUACAGCAAAUAAGCAGCUACUAUGAGCCCAAAGGCAAAGUCUUCCAUUCAGUUUCUGAAGGAGUUGACUUCUACACUGAUCUGCAGCAGAAAAUGCUACAGCGGGAACCAGAGCUGGACCUGGAUGAAGUCUUGGGCCAGACAAUUGGGGAGGAUCGCUGUUAGGGAUGAGUGUACAGGGACAGAGCAGUGGGGUUUGGGAUGCACAAGAGCUCUGAACCAAGCAAUGGCACCACUGUUAGCAGGUUUUGUGGAGCUCUUCUUGUCUCUACAGGGAGUGAAGAGGUGGGAACUGGGUCAGGGCAACUAGAGUAGAACUUUGGGGAUCCUCUGUGGUCAUAUACAGUAUGAUAGGUGCCCUCACCUGACAAGGGUGAAACUGGAGGGACAUGCUGGUGCCAGCGGUCUCUAAGCUCUUUCAGAGUUGAGUCAGAUGGCCUAAUCCCAGUAUUGCACUUGGGAACACAGUCAGUACCAUCCAGAUGGCAAAUUGCACUGCUGGGUAGUGUCACACUGACCUUCCAUCAAUGCCUCCGUUUCAGUGCUAUGGUGAAGACAAUCAGUGUUCAUAUUGAUCAGCUGCCACCCUCUCUGAACACCCUGUUUAUUCUUCAUUUUCAGGCCCAAACUCUUCUCCCUGCCCCCAGAUUAAAAGUCCUGCUGCAGUAAGAAUAGGGGGUAGCUUUCAGACAUCUCUCUCCUCCUCUUUCCCAUCUGUAAUGACUCCCACAUAUUCCCUUCUUGCUUUUUUUGCCCAAAAAUCUCCCAUUCUGAGGUACUUUGCUGUAUGCGUCUGUUUACUGUUUCUUCACAACCUUUAAGAAUUUGGCAGGACUUCUGCUUUUUAUGUUACUUCUAUUGAUCUGUUCCUUUUUGUCCAUUGUAAAAAUAUUGCAAACAACCCCUGAAUCAAAACCCCAAGCAAACUCGUAAUCUCUCAAAGGUGAAACACUGGUUCACAUGACACAUGAUGCUGUCCACGUAUUUAUUUUGCUUCACUGCAGUUCAAAUACAUUUUUCCAACAAUA